AUGCUAGUUCCUCCAAAGAGGUGUCGAUUCCUUGUGUGCGGCUCCGCACCUCAACUUGGCAUAGCGAUCUCCCACUACUCCCUUCUUAACAAAGUGUCCUCGAAUCCAUUCUUGACAACAACUAGUUGCUGCUUCCAAGCCAAAUGCGAUGAGCUUCCUCCAAACUUGGAGAACGGUAUUCGGAAAGCGAUGGCGUUUCCUCUGUCGGCGGGUCGUGGUGUCACUCAGGUUAUUGACAGGUGCGAAGUGGCCAAGGAAUCUGGCUUUCUCGACCUCUCCUCCUGCUCGUUAAUGUACAUAGCCGAUGCGAUUUACCUCGUACUAAAAGGAUUCGAAAUUACGAGGGUGAGCUUGAGGAAUAAUGCGCUGAAGAAAUUUCCGAAGAAGAUUAUCAACAAAUUUCCGAACCUUACCAUUUUCAAUAUUGAAGGAAAUGAAAUUACUGAAUUCCCACAGGAAUUCGAAGAGCUGACCUCAAUGAAGGGGCUGAAUGCGGCGAAUAACAAGCUGACAUCAGUCCCAGAAGGAAUAUUCAAUAUGAAGCACCUCGCUAUUCUCGACCUGUCCGGAAACCUCAUUGAAGAUGUAGACGCUGAUCGCUUGUAUAGCUCCUGUCCUUCCCUGAUUCAGCUGAAUGUGGCAGGGAAUCCUAUGAAAGAGGAAGCAAAGUUGCGGCUGUCUACUUCGUCACUGAAGCCUGCAAAGAUUAUUCUGAAACUAGAUUAG